AUGGGCCGGCAAACUGAAAUCCCAAUCCGUGGCGGUGCCGGCAAACUGGAAGCCCAAUCCGUGGCGGUGGCGGACAACAGCAACCCACCCGGUACUACUCUUAUCAUCAUGGACUACUACAGUCUGUAUGACCCAAAUCUGGUUCCACAUCAAUCUAUAAUCACGCUUGAGACUAUCCCUGACCCGCCUUCGCCUCCACCUUCGCCUCCGCUGGUUUUGGUGCCACUUGUUGUUGUUGAUGAUGAGCUCCUUCAGCAGGAGGAGGAACAGGAGGAGGCUGAUCAGCCGGAAGUGGCCACCGGCGAGGUUGUUGCUGUUGGCGGCCGGAGUGGAGUGCCCAUUGAUGGGUAA